UUUUACAAAAUUAACUAAUUGAAAAUAUUACUAGUUCCCAAUUUCCUUGCAAUAGCACGGAUGAAUUUCGAUCACGUGAUAUUGUUUACGAUUUGACAAAGAAACGAAGAAAUGUAAAUAUGUUGGAAAAGCAUUUACUGCUUUGAUUGUCAAAUCAUUUCUAUCUUAGAGGCUUUUUGUUGCCUAGCGAUGCUAAAUAAAACAAAAAAAGACAAGAGCCCCUCGGAGGACGUGGGAAAACAUUUUAAUGAGACGGAGAAGCAAAGUGAAGAGGGAAUGCUCAAUAGUACAAAUAACGUAUCUCUCACAAAGAAAGAUCGCCAACAGGGUUCUGCAUUCGAUAUUUCUGUUGACCGUGAAUUACUUCGCAUGCCUGCUAUGAAAGAUACCCAACUUGAUAAGAGAGAAGAAUUGUUCAUCAAAAAAUUAAAACAGUGUUGUAUAAUCUUUGACUUUGUGUCUGACCCUUUGAGUGAUUUGAAAUGGAAGGAAAUAAAGCGAAUGGCCUUAUAUGAGUUAGUAGAUUAUGUUGCACAAAAUCGAGGUGUUCUCAGCGAACCUAUUUAUAAAACAUCUUGUGAGAUGUUUGCUUUAAAUGUAUUUCGUGUUUUGCCACCACCUACAAAUCCCAAUGGAGCAGAGUUUGAUCCAGAAGAGGAUGAACCAUCACUUGAAGCUUCAUGGCCUCAUUUACAGAUUGUCUAUGAAUACUUUCUGAGAAUUCUUGAAUCACCAGACUUUCAACCAAACCUUGCUAAGAAAUAUGUAGAUACGAAGUUUGUAAUGAAGCUCUUGGAUUUGUUUGACACAGAAGACCCUCGUGAACGGGACUUCUUAAAGACUAUUCUUCACAGGAUCUAUGGCAAAUUUCUGAAUCUUAGAGCAUUUAUACGCCAACAGAUCAACAACAUUUUCUAUCGAUUUAUUUAUGAAACUGAGCACCACAGUGGCAUAGCAGAACUUCUUGAAAUCCUUGGAAGCAUUAUCAAUGGCUUUGCAUUACCUUUAAAGGAAGAACACAAGUUUUUCUUAAAGAACAUCCUUAUGCCUCUUCAUAAAACAAAAUGUUUGAGCAUGUAUCAUCCUCAGCUAGCAUACUGUGUUGUUCAGUAUUUAGAGAAAGAUUCAGAACUCACACACACGGUUGUUACCAGACUCCUCAAGUUUUGGCCUAAAGUUCAUAGCCCUAAGGAGGUUAUGUUCCUGAAUGAACUUGAAGAGAUCCUUGAUGUGAUUGAGCCUGUUGAGUUCAUCAAGAUCAGUCAAAUUUUGUUCAAGCAACUUUCGAAAUGUGUUUCAAGUCCACACUUUCAGGUUGCAGAAAGAGCUUUGUACUUCUGGAAUAACGAAUAUUUAAUGAGCUUAGUGAGCGACAAUGUCGCGAAGAUAAUGCCAAUUGUUUUCCCGUCGCUGUAUAUUAACUCCAAAUCACACUGGAACAAAACCAUCCAUGGUCUUAUAUACAAUGCUCUUAAGUUAUUCAUGGAAAUGGACCAAAGAUUGUUUGCAGAAUGCACACAGAACUUUGAAGAAGAACAAGCAAGUGUGAUUAAGAAACAGCGAGAACGCGAAGAAAACUGGAGAAUUAUUCAUCAGCUUGCUGUCAAGAGUCCUAAUGCGUUUAUGGUUCCAGAGUUGAAGCAAAUAACCGAUAGGGUAUACAGAUCAAGUUCUCAUCCUUCAGAGUUUAAUAGCAACGAAGUUUACUUCUCAAAAGAUAACUCCACCACAAAUAAAGUAGACACAAAAAAUCAAAAUAAUAAGGCUAACAAAGGUAUCAAUCAUAAGAAAACGUCCCGUAAGAAGUCUGAACUUCCCAAAGAGGAGUCGUCCCCUUCCAUGCAUUUGCAAAAAUAUCGUCAUUCUUUUGAAUCUGUUACCAGCUGAAAUUACAUUGUACUCAUUGCUUGUUGCUCUUGCAAUAGCAUGUGCUGUUUAAGAAGCUGUCCAAUUUGCUGUAUCACAAUGAAUUAAAUGGCAUAACUAAAGGAUACGAAUUAGGGUAUUUUUGAAAGCUUAUAUAUUUGUAAAAUAUUCUUUUAGCUUCUUUUAUAUUGAUUUCCUUUAUUUUGAAA